UUCUCUUCUGACGCUUGCUGCCACUUGCCGAUGACGUUUUAUUUAGGGGACGAUAGCUAGCUAGAAUCGAUAGCUAGCUAGCUAGAACGCUUCAAAAAUUUAUAUAUUAAUGUUUUACUUUGGUUUAAAGUCCCAAUCCCACGUAGACUUCAAGUAUUUUUUCGAUAAUUUGCAGUGAAAUGUUGGUGACGUUAACUAGUUGAAUGCAUCUGUUAAUUUUACAGCGAUAGAUUGUAGGAAAUGAUUAGCUAGCUAGAUAGCCUGUUUUGUUGCGAGCUAUAAUAAUGGGGACAACAACAGGAAAAGGGGAUACCUAGUCAGUUGCAAAACUGAAUGUAUUCACCAGUCUAACGCAUAAUAUGGUAGUAAUGUUACUAGCUUAGCUAGCUAUGUUGACAUUGGUUUUUGGGUUGCCAAGAUAUCUAGUUUUAGGGUGAAGAGCUAAUAUGAUUGUUCUUAGUAAAAUUCAUAUUACUCAGUGUGUAUCUCUAGUUGACGCUCCAAGUGAGAGAGGCUUAGAGAUGUGGUCAUAUCAAUUAUCAGAGAGGAAGAACUUAAGCAAUAACUUAUACUAGAGAAUAUUUGGCAAUACCCAGGUUUGGUGGCUUUUGAAUAGACUAGCUACAUAUCAUCUCAUAGAGCCCGAAACCUGAAGUUGGUGUCUAAAGUCACAGAGACAGCCAGGUAGAGCUGUGCCAAGAUGGAUGUCCAGUUGUCCAUCAGCUUCCUGAGGGACAGACUGGGCGGGGCCAUUGAGGAGGCAGUGCGUACAGCAGUGGAGUCUGUGCUGUGUGAGACUGUGCGUCUGUUAACCGGGCUCCAAGGGGACCAGCAGCAGGGACUCUCCUCAUUGACCCAGAGGGACCAGGACACCCUGGGACUGAAGCAGAGGUUAGAGGCCCCCAGUGGGGGUGACUGGAGGGUGCAGGCUGGGUCUUCAGAGGCAUUCUGUAACACAGGACCGAGGGGGGGUGGUGGGCGUGGCAACAUUAAGAAUCCAAUGGGUCAGACCACUUGCUCAACCUCCCAAGCAUCACAAAGGACCACCGUGGAGCCCCAUCCCCAGGAGGUGGUGGAGGACUGUGCUGGACUGCCUGACCCAUUUGACCUUGUGUCGGCUGGGCCAGUGAUGGUGGACUUUGAGGAGGGUCAGGGCAUGGGGAUCCCAGAGGAGUGGGAGCUGAUGAACAGAGUGUACAAGACGGAGCACAAUGAAGACAUGGCCCUUAUUGACGGGGGCGGUGCCACUCACUUUGCAGAUGACCACAGGCUGCAUGAAGGAGACAUGAGGACUGUGGCUGUGUCCCUGGAGGGAGAGAUGGCUGCCAAGCCCCAGGAUGCAUUGCACCCCUGCUUCAGCCCAGCCAACAUCAAAACAGAGCGCCCUGAUAUGGAGAGAUGCUGCAUGGCCGAGGAGGCCCUUGCUCUGCCUCUGCCUCAUCCUGCCAAUAGUGGUGUGGAGGCCGGUGAGUUUGGGCAGGAGCAGGUGGAGGCUGGUCCACAGGACUUUGUAGGUCGCCUGCGCCUGUGGCUGGAGCAGCUGUGUCCUGAGGUGGUGCGGGAGUACGAGAGGGAGGGCUGUCUGUGUGAGCUGUCCCGCAGAAAGCUCAUAAAGUUCUCUGUGUCCUUCAUCGUGGAGGAGUUUGGAUUCUACCCUACCUCUGCUCAGAAGACCAUGCUGGCAGAGCACAUAGUGGAGCUCUUCCCAGGACUCAGACUCUGUGCACCCUCUGCUGGCAUCAAUGGCAUCGAACACUUGUACGACCCUUUGUCCCGUACGGGUUACAUUGAGACGCGCCUGCGCAACUCUCGACGCACCCUUGAAGACCACAAGAAGAAGUAUGUGCUGAAGAGGCGUCGGCCAGAGCCAGGUCUGUUGGACCCCGCUGGACCUCGAUCGGGACCUGGGCUCCUGGAGAGCCAGUCCAGUGAGGAGACGCAGAGGUGGGUGGAGCUGAUGAAGAAAACCAGGCCCCUGACCAGGAAUCUGCCUGCCAUACACGGUGCUAUGGACCUCACAUUCAACGCACGCAGGAGGUGGAUCAGCAACACACGGCCUAGUAUGAGGGCUGUGUUGGCCGAGUACCCACGUUUUCUUGAUGUACCCGCCACGAUUGACCUGGAGUUUGAGAGGAUGUUCCCAGGUAAAGGCCACUCUUUCCUGGCCCAGUGGUCGUCUUUCGUGUUGCCCAGGUUGUACCAGAUCGCAGAGUGCGAAAAACACCCAGACAUCUCAGCACUUCUCCAACUGGCUGCCACACAGCAAGGAGACUCCUACACCCUGACUAUGCUGAAGGUCCUGAUCUAUGUACUACCACCAACAAACACCAGUAGAGCCUCCUUACCCUCCAGGAGCAGUGUCAGGCAGGCCAUUCGGUAUCUGGUGGACAUUGUACCGAUGGACACCGAGGUGUCCUCGUUAUUCUGUGACCCUACCUCCUUGGAGGGCCCAGAGUCUGCCUCCCACGCUCAGCCCUACAUAGUGAGCGUGGGGCCCCUGGAGGCCCCUGGCCGGCAGCUUUGCAUCGUGUUCCCCGUUGAUAGGAUGGCAAUCCCCCUGCCUCAGGAGGGCCUGAGCAAUGCACUGGACAAGCUUUUCAAGCUUCUGCGUGUGUUUCAACAGGGGUACCCAGAUCAGCUAGCCUCCCUGUAUAGCUUCCUUGAGCACCUCUAUGGGCUGGAGAUGACCCCACGAGAUAACCAUGACUCCCCCAGUGGCAAGGGAUCAAAAGUGCUUGAACUUUUAUCACGGCUCCACAUGCCCUCCUGACAGAAGGCGUAGGUCUACACAUGAAUUGAAUUCGCCCCACAGACUUAACUUUUCCUUUGUAUUUUUUUGUAUUGCAAUUUUAUCAUAGCCAUCCUUUACAGAACACGUCCUUUACUAUGUUCUGAAUUUUCCCCAAAAUAAAAAGUAUGUCAGAAUGAACUAAACAAUGCUGAUGGAACACUGGUGUGUUAUACAGUACCAGUCAAAAGUUCGGACACCUACUUAUUCAAGGGUUUUUUGUUAUUUUUACUAUUUUCUACAUUGUAGAAUAAUAGUGAAGACAAACUAUGAAAUAAAAUAUGGAAUCGUGUAGUAACCAAAAAAGGUGUUAAACAAAUCAAAAUAUGAGAUUCUUCAAAGUAGCCACCCUUUGCCUUGACAGCUUUGCACACACUUGGCAUUCUCUCAACCAGCUUCAUGAGGUUGUCACCUGGAAUGCAUUUCAGUUAACAUGUGUGCCCUGUUAAUUUAAGGAAUUUAUUUCCUUAAUGCGUUUGAGCCAAUCAAUUGUGUUGUGACAAGGUAGGGGUGGUAUACAGAAGGUAGCCCUAUUUUGUAAAAGACCAAGUUAAUAUUAUGGCAAGAAUUGCUCAAAUAAGCAAAGAGAAACGACAGUCCAUCAUUACUUUAAGACAUGAAGGUCAGUCAAUCUGGAAAGUUUCAAAAACUGAAAGCUUCUUCAAGUGCAGUCGCAAAAACCAAGUUCUAUGAUGAAACUGGCUCUCAUGAGGACCGCCACAGGAAAGGACGUUUCACUUCCUUACUUACACUACCGUUCAAAAGUUUGAGGGUCACUUAGAAAUGUCCUUGUUUUUGAAAGAAAAACACUUUUUUUUGGUCCAUUUUUAAAAUAACAUCAAAUUGAUCAGAAAUACAGUGUAGACAUUGUUAAUGUUGUAAAUGACUUUUGUAGCUGGAAACGGCUGAUUUGUAAUGGAAUAUCUACAUAGGCAUACAGAGGCCCAUUAUCAGCAACCAUCACUCCUGUGUUCCAAUGGCACGUUGUGUUAGCUAAUCCAAGUUUAUCAUUUUAGAAGACUAAUUGGUCAUUAGAAAACCCUUUUGCAAUUAUGUUAGCACAGCUGAAAACUGUUCUGAUUAAAGAAGCAAUAAAACUGGCCUCCUUUAGACUGUCUGGAGCGUCGGCACUUGCGGGUUCGAUUACAGGCUUAAAAUGGCCAGAAACAAAGAACUUUCUUCUGAAACUCGUCAGUCUAUUCUUGUUCUGAGAAAUGAAGGCUAUUCCAUGCGAGAAAUUGCCAAGGAACUGAAGAUCUCGUACAAUGCUGUGUACUACUCCCUUCACAGAACAGCACAAACUGGCUCUAAUUAGAAUAGAAGGAGUGGGAGGCCCCGGUGCACAACUGAGCAAGAGGACAAGUACAUUAGAGUGUCUAGUUUGAGAAACAGACGCCUCACAAGUCCUCAACUGGCAGCUUCAUUAAAUAGUACGCGAAAAACACCAGUCAACAUCAACAGUGAAGAGGCGACUCCAGGAUGCUUGCCUUCUAGGCAGAGUUGCAAAGAAAAAGCCAUAUCUCAGACUGGCCGAUUAAUAAGAAAAGAUGGGCAAAAAAACACAUACUGGACAGGAAGAUUGGAAAAAAGUGUUAUGGACAGACAAAUCUAAGUUUGAGGUGUUCAGAUCACAAAGAAGAACGUGAGAUGCAGAAAAGAUGCUGGAGGAGUGCUUGACGCCAUCUGUCAAGCAUGGUGGAGGCAAUGUGAUUGUCUGGGGUGCUUUGGUGGUUGUGAAGUGGGAGAUUUCUAAAGGGUAAAAGGGAUCUUGAAGAAGAAAGGCGAUCACUCCAUUUUGCAACGCCAUGCCAUACCCUGUGGACGGCACUUAAUUGGAGCAAAUGUCUUCCCAUGACAGGACAAUGACCCAAAGCACAGCUCCAAACUAUGCAAUAACUAUUUAGGGAAGCAGUCAGCUGGUAUUCUGUUUAUAAUGGAGUAGCCAGCACAAUCACCGGAUCUCAACACUAUUGAGCUGUUGUGGGAGCAGCUUGACCGUACGGUACGUAAGAAGUGCCCAUUAAGCCAAUCCAACUUGUGGGAGGUGCUUCCGGGAGCAUGGGGUGAAAUCUCUUCAGAUUACCUCAACAAAUUGACAGCUAGAAUGCCAAAGGUCUGCAAGACUGUAAUUGCUGCAAAUGGAGGAUUCUUUGAAGGAAAAUAGUAAAAAGAAAGUCAAAUCCUUGAGUGAGUAGGUGUGUCUUAACUUUUGACUGGUACUGUAUAUUCACUGCAUUUCUCAUUGACAAUGAAAAUACUUGCAUAAAACUAACAUCUUGUAUGAAUUUUCUGUGUGGGGAAACGAUACCGUAUUUUGUACUUUGGGAUACCUUUUCAGUUUUUGCACAAUUGCUUUAGUAUUUAACUUGCUCAUGAUACUGUUGUUUUUUUAAAUAAAAAAAUAUGAAUGUU